GAGAGAGAGGAGAGACAGGGGUUUAUGGUGAGAACCUAGAGAGAGAGAUGAGGGAGGGGUUUAUGGUGAGAACCUAGAGAGAGAGAGAGAGAGAGACGGGGUUUUAUCCAAAGGGAAUGACGUUCAUGGUGAGAGCUUCACGCAAUGGUGCACGCACAGGAGUCUUUACCGUGGGAAGCUCUCCUCUCCCUAUUGAGACUCCCUCUCUCCUCUUAUCAACCAGAAAAGGGCUUCCCUUCUUCACUCCUCCUGAUCUCCUCCUCUCUCUCAACAACCAUAACAACUCACACCUCUUGCAAAUUAGCCCCCUUCAUUUCGCAGGUUGCCCUUCGGAAAAAACAAUAUCUGAUAUUGGAGGGGUGCAUGAAUUGUUGGGUUUGCAAGAUUGUAGCUUUAUAGGAGUUGCAAGGGAUUCAAUUGUUUGCCUUCCUCAUAGUGAGGGCACAAAUAAAUUUGGAGCUUCAUUUGAGACACCUUCUGGUCGCCUAUUGGUAAAACCCAGAGACUACAUGGAGAUCAUUUCUUCCUUGAAGCCAAACCUAUGGACUAGUUUGGCAGAUGAAGUGCCUUCUUGGGUUACUGAGAAGAGGAAUAGAAGCUCUGUUGAUCGAACCAUACGUUGGCUCGAUGAUUGCAUCGCAUUAGAUCCGGCAGGCGGGAGCUCUAUUCUAGGAGCUAUUGUUGGCGGAUCUAGUAUAGAUGAACGGAGACGCUCAGCUCAUGAAGCUGCUGCUAGAAAUGUUGCAGGUUAUUGGAUUGGAGGUUUUGGACUCGGAGAAAGCUUGGAUGAAAGGCCUUCUCUUCUUAAUGCAGUUACGGAUAAUCUACCAGUUGAGAAGCCACGCCAGAUUUGUGGGCUUGGAUUACCCGAAGAAGUUUUACAGGGAGUGGCUGCCGGUGUCGAUCUUUUUGACUCAACUUAUAUUUAUCAUCUGACGAUGGGGGGCUUUGCUCUCACCUUCGCUCUUGAUACUGAAGAAAACUAUGCCCACAGUUCUGUUUUAGGCUACGCUGGGGAUGACCAUACAAAGAUAAAUCUAAGGGCAACCAUUUAUAGGAAAGAUUUAUCUCCGAUAAUCGACAACUGUGACUGCUAUACUUGCCAGAAUCACACAAGAGCUUACAUCAAUCACUUGCUCAAUGUUCAUGAGAUGCUUGCCCAAAUCCUUUUAGAAAUUCAUAACACACAUCACUACUUGGGAUUUUUCCGGAUGAUAAGGGAAGCAAUCAAGAGAGACGAGUUCGAGAGCUUCCAAAAGAGCUUUCUCGAGGGGCGGCGGAGUUACCUUGUUGCACAUGCAGGCUGUUGAUUUUAUUUCUCGCAAUUUUGUACCAAAAAUAUUUUAGUUUUCCUUUACACACAUUCGCGACAGAGAAGUUGCUAAAAUCAUGGAAACAACAUGGAGAAAUUUUUUGUAAUUUGACAUUGUUUCACGAACAGAUUCAAGAUCGUUACUCGGUUUCAUUGAGACCAACAUUCUGAGAACACCCUUUAGCAGAAA